AUGUAUGAAAACGUGUUUGAAAUAGGUAUUCUCAUACCGUUUAAACUUUGCAUGCGCGUUACUCGAAUAUAGUUAUUGCGCGUGCCUGCCUCCUUCCCACGUGUCCUUGUAUACUAACGCGACUGUUUUUUCACGCGAAGUGUCGAGCGCGUUAAAAUCCACUAACAGUGGUUAAGAAGGGUCAGAGCCUUCGCGACGCGGAUCAAGAGCGAUCCGACGUGGCGAAACACUUUUGCCAGUUGUAUCGGCGAACGACAUCGCGACACUCCUGGUAAGUCGAGCAACGUGCUCCAUGUGCGACACUUUAAUUCUUCUUAGCUUCUUUCUAGCAGCGUGAACUAUCGUUGACACGGCUUAACAAGCACGAGAAUCAUCGUGAUCGAUUGCAGCUAAUUCCUUGAUACAAUCCAUGACGUCGAUUUAAAUCAUUGAAAAAGAUAUGAUUACAUGAACCCUCACGCGGUUGAUAACAGAUAUCGGUCAAACGAAUGUUUGUAAUAAUCUCAGUAUUGCAAAUUGUUGUAUUAACAUUGGUAUUAAAUGAUAUAACUAAAUCGUUUUCUUCAUGAUGGGAAAGCUAGCACCAUUUGCACAUGAACUUCUUUGAUCUUUGUACGAAUUAAUCUGUUUCUCAUAUGAUUUCAUUGGAACUUAGAUUUCAUAAGUAAUACUUUUUUCUCUCUCUGAAAGAGAGUUCCUUUUUCACUCUGAAAAGAAUUACAGUAGAAUGUGAGUUUUAGCAUCAAUGAUAUAACAAUGUGAGCUUGUAACAGAUAAUAUUGGCAAAUAAUGCUUAACAUAUUGUAAAGAUAUGAUGCUUAAUAAAGCAGACCUAGUGUAGAUUAGAUUGCAUCUUAACAGCUUGGAUACAAUUUAUCACAAUACUUUCUUUUUGGAUGGUAUUAUUCAUUGGUUAGUAAACUGUGGUGUAUCUAUAAAAAUAAAUAAAAUUAAUAAAGUAUUCUUCAUUUGUGUGAAUAGAACAAUAGCAUGGAAAAAGGUACGUUACAAUGGGAAGAUUACUUGGUUAUAGCAGCUACAUUAUUCAUAAGUGUGGGCAUAGGCAUCUACUAUCGGUUCAGUGGUGGACGACAAAAAACUAUGGAGGAAUAUUUCAUUGCCAGCAGGUCCAUGAGUAUCAUGCCUGUAGGUGUUGCACUAGUCGUUUCCUUCAUGUCUGCAAUUACCUUGUUAGGUGUCUCUGCAGAAAAUUACACAUAUGGAACACAAUUUGUAGUAAUUAAUUUAUCAUACCUCAUAGGAACUCCUCUUGUUUGUUAUGGAUUUUUACCAGUAUUCUUUAAACUUCAAGCAACAAGCGCUUAUGAGUACUUAGAAAAACGUUUUGGAGUAAAAGCUAGGAUGAUGGCUAGUUUUGUGUACUGGCUGCAACUGCUUUUGUAUUCCGGUGUUGUACUAUAUGCUCCUGCUUUAGCAUUAGAGGCAACGACAGGAAUUUCUAAAACUGGCAGCAUUAUUAUCAUAGGCUUAGUUUGCGCCUUCUAUUCAAGCAUAGGGGUAUUUCGAUAGACCCCACAGUUCGACAUACUUGGUGGUCGCUCACUAUUGGAGGUUUAUGCACGUUCCUAUCAUUGUAUGGCGUAAAUCAGGUUCAAGUGCAGCGUCUACUAACAGUAAAAGAUAUAAAAGCAGCACAGAAAGCACUUUGGAUAGCAUGGCCUAUUUUGACAAUACUUUCAAUAACUACGUGUUUCUCAGGAUUAGCAAUAUAUAGUAAAUAUUAUAAGUGUGAUCCGUUGCUUCAAAAGAGAAUAACAUCUACAGAUAUGCUGAUGCCAUUGUAUGUAAUGGAUACUAUGUCUGAUAAGCCUGGUUUACCUGGUCUCUUUAUAGCAGGUAUUUUUAGUGCUGGUCUCAGCACUAUUUCAGCAGCGUUAAACUCAUUGGCAGCAGUAACGUUAGAAGAUUAUUUAAAACCAGCAUAUAAAAAAUGUUGCGGCAAAGAAUUUUCUCUAACCAUGUCGACAACUGUGGCCAAAUUACUUGCUUUUCUUUAUGGAAUUAUUUCUAUUGCUUUGGCGUUUUUGGCACAAUUAUUAGGCGGUGUCUUACAGGCUGGCCUAACAAUAUUUGGAGUAGUUGGUGGCCCAUUAUUAGGCCUUUUCACUCUUGGAAUGCUCACAGAAACAGCCUCAGAAACAGGCUCUGUAAUAGGUGCUAUUGUAUCCCUAGCAUUUCUAUUUUGGACUGCUUUUGGACAACCCAGGCCUAUUCCACCAACGCUGCCAGUUACUGAUGUUGGUUGUCCAAAUGUAACCACUUCUAUCUCACAAGUGCCAUCGAAAUCACAUGAUUACUUCUAUCUUUAUCGAAUCUCUUACAUGUGGUAUGCUCCGCUUGGAUUUUUGAUGUCAUUCGUUAUUGGACUGGGUCUUAGCUACUGCUUGAACCGAAUAUUUAAACAACAAAGACUCAAGUUAGAUCACAACCUCUUCUUUCCUAUAAUAGGAGAACGUAUACGUCGUAGAAAUGAAGGCAUUUUUGAUAGUGAUGAGAUCGCCAUAUCAAAGAAUGAAAGCACGCCUAAAAAGUACAUCUUCAACAUAAAUUCGGCCAACGAUGCGGAAACAUCGGACUAUAUCAAUACUACUAAACUUUAA